CGCUGAUAAGCAACAAGUUCCCCAGCGGUCUUCCCGCCCUAGCCUGAAAAGGCGAAGGUUUUCUUACCUGACGACAGGGAAAUCUCCCGAGCCGAGCUCAGCUUUGCCAGAGCCCCAGGUGUGACCUGAGCAGAGGGCAAGAGUGGGGUGUGCAGGCUGGGUUAUUUUUAUGGGGGUACCCUGAAACUCCUCACUUUCUCUGGGAACUUUGUGUGCCAGGACCCAGUGACUGGCGGUGAGGAGGCAGCCUCAGGAAGCACCCGCUAUAUAGCAGGGCAGUUGGGCAGUCAUUGGUAACCUAGCUCAUUCAUUAGAAUCACGUAAGAACUCUAAGGGAAACGUAUCUCUCGGAGUGAGGGCGUUUGCGUAAAUCUAUAGGUUUUUCAACAUCGAUGCCAGUUGCUUUGUCUUCUGUAGUCGCCAAGGUGGUUGAGAGUUUAAGCUUGCGGAUAUUGCAAAGGGUUAUUAGAUUCAUAAGUCACACCAAGUGGUGGGCGAUCCACUGAGCAAAGCCGAACUUCUCACAUGAUGACUUCAAACAAGACACAUUACCUUCCAGCAUCUGUUGGGGAGACGAGAUUUUAAGACACUUGAGUCUCCAGGACAGCAAAGGCACAAUGUUCCACCAGGUGAGAAGAGUGAUGACCAUCCUUUUCCUUACUAUGGUUAUUUCAUACUUUGGUUGCAUGAAGGCUGCCCCCAUGAAAGAAGCCAACGUCCGAGGACAAGGCAGCUUGGCCUACCCAGGUGUGCGGACCCAUGGGACUCUGGAGAGCGUGAAUGGGCCCAAGGCAGGUUCACGAGGCCUCACCUCAUUGGCUGACACUUUUGAACACGUGAUUGAAGAGCUGUUGGAUGAGGACCAGAAAGUUCGGCCCCAUGAAGAAAACAAUAAGGACGCGGACUUGUACACUUCCAGGGUGAUGCUCAGUAGUCAAGUGCCUUUGGAGCCUCCUCUUCUCUUUCUGCUUGAGGAAUACAAAAAUUACCUGGAUGCUGCAAACAUGUCUAUGAGGGUCCGGCGCCACUCCGACCCUGCCCGCCGCGGGGAGCUCAGUGUGUGUGACAGUAUUAGUGAGUGGGUAACAGCGGCAGAUAAAAAGACUGCAGUGGACAUGUCGGGUGGCACCGUCACCGUCCUGGAAAAAGUCCCUGUGUCGAAAGGCCAACUGAAGCAAUACUUCUACGAGACCAAGUGCAAUCCCAUGGGCUACACGAAAGAAGGCUGCAGGGGCAUAGACAAAAGGCACUGGAACUCCCAGUGCCGAACUACCCAGUCGUACGUGCGGGCCCUCACCAUGGAUAGCAAAAAGCGCAUUGGCUGGCGGUUCAUAAGGAUAGACACUUCCUGUGUAUGUACAUUGACCAUUAAGAGGGGAAGAUAGUGGAUUUAUGUUGUAUAGAUUAUAUUGAGACAAAAAUUAUUCUAUUUGUAUAUAUACAUAACAGGGUAAAUUAUUCAGUUAAGAAAAAAAAAAUAAUUUUAUGAACUGCAUGUAUAAAUGAAGUUUAUACAGUACAGUGGUUCUACAAUCUAUUUAUUGGACAUAUCCAUGACCAGAAGGGAAACAGUCAUUUGCGCACAACUUUAAAAAGUCUGCAUUACAUUCCUCGAUAAUGUUGUGGUUUGUUGCCGUUGCCAAGAAUUGAAAACAUAAAAAGUUUAAAAAAAAAUAAUAAUAAAUUGCAUGCUGCUUUAAUUGUGAAUUGAUAAUAAACUGUCCUCUUUCAGAAAACAGACAAAAACACAAAAAACAAAAAAACAAAAAUUUGAACCAAAACAUUCCGUUUACAUUUUAGACAGUAAGUAUCUUCGUUCUUGUUAGUACUAUAUCUGUUUUACUGCUUUUAACUUCUGAUAGCGUUGGAAUUAAAACAAUGUCAAGGUGC